AUGAGCGAUCAUUUUGGUAUUGGAGCAUUUCUUGUUGUUUUGAUUAUAAUUAUAUAGUCAAUUAUAGGUAGCUACUUUUCUUCGAAAAAUGUUAGAUAUUUUCAUGAAACUGGAAUAGCAAUAGUACUUGGAAUGUCCGUAUCUAUAUUUGCUUAUUAUGUUUUAGAUUACUAGGUAAAGCUAGAAAAACAAAUGUUUGUUUAUAUUUUCCUUCCUGCUAUUGUAUUUGCUGAGGGUUAUUCUUUGAAGAAGAAAAUAUUUUUUCAUAAUAUGACAUAUAUUUUGAUUUAUGGGUUCUUAGGAACCAUUAUUACUUUUAGUUUCCUAGUUGUUUCCAUGAACUAUCUUUGUGGCAGUGAUUUCGUUAAAAUUGAGAGAGGAAAUAAAGAUAUAAUCAAGCAUGCUAUCGCAGGGACUCAUUUAUAGCUAAAUACAAAAGAAAUCGUCUUAUUUAGUGCAGCGUUAAGCUCUAAAGAUUCUUUCUUAGCCUCAACAAUGGUCAAUCAUCAUGCAUUCCCUACUUUAUUUCAUAUUAUUUUUGGCGAAGGUAUAAUGAAUGAUGCUACUUCUUUGAUUAUGUUUGAAAGCUUUGAAACUCUAAUAGAACACGAGUCAGAUUUUACCUUUGAUACUAUUCCAGAUGUUUUUAUCAUAUUUAUAAUUAGUCUUUGUAUAAGUAUACUUUCUGGAGCAAUUUUUGGAGUACUUUGCACACUAAUUCUGAAACAUUUAAGGUUUUUAAAUUUGACUGUAAUUCAUGAGAUUUUGAUAAUUUUUAUGUGCAGUUAUUCUGGUUAUUGCAUAAUAGAAUACUUGAAUUUAUCAGGUAUUAUUUCUUUACUUGUUAGUGGGUUUAUUAUAGGCUAUUAUGGAUUCCAUAAUCUCUCAGAUAAGGCAAAAAUAUGUGCAAAUGUUACUUUUUAAACUAUUUCUUGUGGAGCUGAAAAUUUCUUAUUCGCUUUUGUUGGUUUCACAACUUUUUCUUUCUAUACAAAUGCCUGGAGUUUUUCAUUAAUUGGUUGGAUUGUACUCAUAUUACUAGUAAGCAGAAUAUUUUAAGUCUUCGUGAUGAGUGCUAUUUUCAGAUUGUUUUACAGAAAUAAACCAUUUUUAAUGGGGCUAAGAGAAUAAGUUGUAAUUUGCUUUACAGGCAUCAGUAGAGGUAUCCUUGGCUUUAUCUUGAUGGAUCAAGUUGAAUCUGAAGAAUAUUAAGAUUUACUUAACAGCACAAUGAUAGGAGUGCUCAUUACAACAACUUUACUUUUUGGCUUAAUUAAUCCAAAGCUCAUAGAUUGUGUGUUGCCUCCUCCAAAACAUCAAGAUAAUGAAAAUGAGAGUUAAAUUAUAAACAAACUUGAACACGAGCAUGUAAACCCCAAAUAAAAUCAUAAAGAUAUAGAAAAUUAGAAUAUAAUUGAAGGAAAUAAUUUAAAUAAAAUCCAAUCAGGGAACAACGCUCCUAAUGAAAAUGAAAAUGUUAUAAUAAGGAAAGUUUAGACUGAAAGAGUAUACAAAAAAGCUGAAGCUAGUGAAAAUAAUUAACAAACAGACGAAAAUUUAUCAGAUUAAGACUAUUUUAUAAUAAAGAAACAAAAGAUUUAGGCUUUAUUAAAUAAUGUUUAUGAUGAAAAGCUUUUUGGUUCAAGAAUUUAAUUCAAAUUUAGCAGAUAUAAUGAAAAGUAUUUCAAACCUUUUUUGAUUAGAGAUUACAAAUCAAAAUUAGACGAGUUCAUUAUAUCCAAUAGAAUGUUAAGAGAAGAUAGGAUUUAGCUAACAAGGCCACUAGGUUAAAAUAAGAAUUCCUAAUUUAUAACAAAUAGUUUAUAAAAAAUAAAGACUGUAUUAAAAUUUGCAUAAUCAUAGAGAUUAGCUGCAAUCGAAAGCGUAAAAAAACCUUAAGUAUUACAAGAUUAAGAGCCUAAAAAAAUAAAUUUAAAUGAAAAAGAACAAACCCAACCAAAUUUGGAAAUUAUCAAAUUAAAACCUCAUCAAACUGAAUCAAAAUAUAAUGUAGAUAUUGAAUAAAUUAAUUUUCAAAAUUAAAAUUCAAAGAAAAAAAAUGAAAACCUGAAUUUAUAAUAAGAAAUAUCAAAUAAAUAAUAAAAAAUUUGA